AUGCAGCAGACGGGAGAUCCCGCUUGGGACGAAGAAGAGGAGAUGACUACCACAGAGAGAGAACUCGCUGACGACGCCCAGUGGAAAUUAAUUCAAAAAAAUACCUUUACCAGAUGGGCUAAUGAACAUCUGAAGACCGUCAACAAGCAGCUGGCGGAUUUAGAAUCUGAUUUUUCUGAUGGAUUGCGACUAGUUUCCCUGAUAGAGGUGUUGUCGGGGAAGAAAUUCAAACAUGUCAACAAGCGUCCUAACUUCAGGACCCAGAAGCUGGAGAAUGUUACGAUGGUGCUUAAGUUUUUGGAGGAUGAUGAGGGGAUCCGUAUUGUCAACAUCG